ACGGUGGAAAUUCUUAUUAUAAGGAAUGGCGCGACGGGUAAUUGGCGGAAUAUUUUGUGGAUGGGUUUGGAGCCUGCUGAAGGGAAGCUCAACGGUGAUGCUGGUCAAUGGGGUGAGGUCAGAUAAGCUUGCUGUCACUCGAUCCGUUAGGCAAGGAUGCUCUUUGUCUCCAGCUCUCUACGUCAUCUAUAUCGAAUCUUUGCAUGAGCUGCCGAGGGAGGACGACAGGAUCAUGGGCUUGAAGGUGGGGCCAGCAGUUGAGCUGAGAUCCACGGCCUUCGCAGACGACAUGCGAGUGGUGAUCCCUCCGACCACCCAGCAGCUAGAGAUGCUAAAAGAAGACCUGGCAACCUUUUGCAGACAGGGAGCAGCACCUUCACUGCAGGCAUAUCAGGAAAGAGCGAUGGAGUGUUUAGAGGAUUGCCCUGCAGGUGUGUGUGAAGAUGCUGAGAAGGAAGAGGCCUUCGAUGUGAAGCCUCAAAUUUCGCUUGACCCUUUAGAGGCUGAACUGCGUGCCCAGGAGGAGAAACUCCGCCAGCAGGCACUGGCAGUUGAGGCUCUAAAGGCUGAGCUGAAAAGAAAAGAAGCAGCAACUAAGAAGGAGGCCAGGAGAAAGCUGCUGAUUGCUGAUGUUGAGAAGAUCAGGACGAGUGGUCCGAAAAUGAAGAGCCACCCUGUGCGCCAUCCAACUAUGGAGGAUCAACAGCAAGAUUGGUGCAACAUGCAGCUCCAUCAGGAGUCAAUGGAUUCAGACAUUCAUGGAGAAGAGAAAGACAAGCAGGUUCAUUGGUGUGGAUACCCGUUGCAUUAUCGGGAACCGUGCGUGGGUCUGGGACGGGAGGCCGAGCAGAUGCACAGACAUCUGCGGGGAGAUCCAGUCCAUGUCAAGGAUGGUCCAUUAGAAGCUGCAGAAAGAUCGAUUUCAUCAGGCCCAGAGGAGAGAUGUGGUCCACCGGAAGUGGCAGGAAGAUUGGGGCCGGUGGGAUGGGACUGCUCGAGGGGUCCGUGGCGACCAGCAUGGAGGAGGGAUCCCUCGGGGUUUUCAGAGUGUCCCAGACCAAUGCGGAAGGCGGAACCCUCACGCCCAGUGGGAAUAUAUAGUCAGUGGGAAGCAGCAGAAACAUUGGGAUCAACAGGAUGGGGCUGCUCGAGGGGUCGGCAGGAAGGUCAGCAGUAUGGCCCAUUAGCAGGUAGAGGGAGUUCUGCAGGAUGGGGCCAUGCGAGGGGUGGUAGAUGGGCAGGGAGAAAACCCUGGAGAGGCAGGGGCAGGAAUAUAGACCGUAAAGGGCUGUUUCCUCUGGGUUGUCGGGGAACAUCCAUUUGGAGAAACGAGGAGACGACAUUUACCAGGGAUGAAUGGGAAGUGAAUGAGCCACUACAGAAGGAUGAGGCUACAGCUCUGAGGUCCAUAUAUGGGGAAGACUUUUCAGUCAUAAGGACGGGAGACGAUGGCGAAUGUGCAGAACACUUUGAGGUGAUGAUCCAUGUAGCAAUACCUGAGGGUGGCUUAUGCCUUGUCACUGAAUUCCCUGGUCCUCCAUCGGCAACCGGGUCUUCAUCAUCCGCGCUUUCCUCAGAGUCCUUGCCCUCGAAAAGCACACCAUUUCCAUCGAAAAGUGCACGGGAUGAGGACACAGCUACUCUCUCGUUAGGUACUGCUGAUGAGAAUACUGGCACCAGCUGUCAAGGACCCCUUAUUCGGGCAGCUGAUGGUGUGGGAAGCAGAAUUGUUGACUCUUCCACUGAGGGAUGCCAGAAUUUGGAGGAUAAAGAGGGAAGAACUUGGGCUGACAGUAGUUCUGUGCGGUCUUGUGGCGGAGCAGAUGCAUCAUCCUCUUCGAGCGUACAUGAGCAACAUGUAAUCAUGGACAGUUCACAUCUUCCCGAGACCUACAGAAAGACUUUCCCAUUGGAGCACCUGCCGCCAUUGCGGCUGUUCUUCACACUAUCAAGAUCGUAUCCUUCAAGGAGUGCUCCGUCCUUCACCCUUUCCUGCAGUUGGUUGGAUGAUGAUCAACUCUCCCGGCUCUGCAAGGAGUUGGACAAGAUAUGGAUCGGGAGAGUGGGAGAGGUCACUGUUUUCGAGUGGGUGUCGUGGAUCGAGCGAGAGUGCCUCUCUUUUCUCGGGUUAGCGGAGGCUAUUGUGUUGCGGCCACGUAAGGAAGUCCCGAACAAAGACGAACGCGCGAAAGCAGAGUGUGGAAUCUUAGAACGAGACGUUGCGAAGCUUCUCACGUAUAACGAGGAACGCAAGCUGGACACAUUUCGAAGGGGACUGCAACAGUGUGACAUCUGUUAUAAAGAACACCCAGGCACCGACUUCCUGAGGCUCUCAUGUGGUCAUUUCUUCUGCUGGGCUUGCAUGCGACAGUAUGCAACUGCGCUUGUCGAUGAGGGAAUGGUCACCAGGCUCCUAUGCCCAGGGUGCAAAGAAUCCAUACCUUAUCCCAUCAUCAAGGAGCUGCUUGAUGAGAGACAUUUCAGGAGAUGGGAGGAGGUUCUACUUCAAAGGACACUGGAUUCUAUGGAAGACUUGGUUUAUUGUCCGCGUUGUGGCACAGCUUGUCUGGAGGCGGACGAUCAUCUGGCGCAGUGCCAAAACUGCUUCUUCAGUUUCUGUGGUCUGUGCAAGGGGCCGUGGCAUUGGGCAAAUCCGUGCUCAUCGCCAACAUCCAAGUUGGCAGUACUUCAAGCAACGACGAGAGGCAAGCAGGCGUCGGAGGACCAGUUAAGGAAACAGCAAGCGCAAGUCAAUGAGCAGCUGAACCUCAAGUAUCUGCAGGAGGCGGCAAAGAAAUGCCCGACGUGCAAGAUGGCCAUUGAGAAGCUAGAAGGGUGCAACAAGAUGACCUGCACCAACUGCAGAAGCUGCUUCUGCUAUCGGUGUGGGAAGAAGAUUAAUGGAUACGAGCACUUCAGAGAACAGUGCAUACUUUUCGAUAUUCCUCAGGGUGUGUUUUUUGAUAAUCCUCCAGGUGUACUUGUUGAUAUUCCUCGAAAUGUGCAAUUGGAAUAUGGCAGACAGUUAAUGAAUGCCUGGGAUGGAUGGAUGGUGGGGGGGGGGGAUGGCGAGAUGGGAGGGAGGGAGGGAUGACGAGAGAGAGGGGGGGAGAGAGAGAGAGAGGGGGAGAGAGAGAGAGAGAGAGAGAGAGAGAGAGAGAUGGUCUGAUCGUUGCCGGAAUAUUGAUAGAAUUGACAAGCUUUGCUCGAAAGCAGCAGCACAGCACAAGUUGGAGAAACGCGGACAAGAAUCCAAAGAUAGAGGGUGACCGCCUGAUUUAUGGUUCCCAGGUGUACUUUCCAUCUCCUUGUAGACACGAGAUGUGCGGUGCUGAACAUAAUUUUUCAUUUCUGAGCACCUAAUGUAUAUAGUCUUGAACCAUAGAGUGUCUAUUUCCCAGGGAGGAGGCCUGGGGUUAUAGCUCCUAUGGAGACUUUGUAUUUGCUGCCACGGGUUUGAGGUACAAUGCCUUGCAAAGCUUCCGUUUCCCAGCGCCAGUCUGGAUGUAUUGUAGACAAUUGGACCCUAUUUGGUCUGCUACAUUUGGUUUAAUCAAAAGAUUGGACCCGA